AUGCAAACGGCCAUGAUGCCGUCCAUGGGCCCCGCCGACCCUUCUACAUCCUACGAUACGUCUCGUCAACUGGGAAGUGGACAAGCCUUUGGUCAUCCUGGACCACAAGGUCAAUCUUAUCCCUCUGAACCCUCGCCUUCAAGUCACCCCGGCAUGUCACAUUUCUCACCUUCCUCUCAUCCGCAGACUUUGGCAUACCCUUCAAUGUCCUACGACCCGAAUUACUACGGUCAGCAGCCAGAAGGUUGGAUGCCUCCACCUCAGUUUUACCCACCACCUACUACCGCUCAUCAACCUCAAUCUUUCCAAGCUCGCCCACCCUACAACGGCCGCAAUUUUAGCGCUGCAGGUGGCUCGACACGGUAUCCCAGUCAGUCCAACGUUCCUCAGCCCUCCAAUCCUCGGUAUCCCGCGGAAAACCAGCCUUACCAACCCACUUUCUACCCUCAGGGUUACCAAAUGGGAGGCCCUGGACCUGGGACGAUGCAGAACGGUUAUGGAGGCUAUCCGGUGGAUGGGAUGCCAGCCUACAUCAGGGGCGGUCCCUCAGGGUAUGCUCCCCCGUUCCCUUCAGCCGACGGUAUGGAUCCCAGUCAAUUCGCCAAAUCGCUGCCGAAUGGUGGCGAGUCAACGGACGGUUCAAAUAUGCAGUCCGGCGAUGCACCACCUUAUCAUCAACAUCCUCAAUUACCGUCAAUCCCUCCUCCACCUGACCAAGAUUUUCGUCCAGGCCAACCAUACCCCAACGCCAAUCCAUCCCAUCAGCCAUAUCCUUCGUACUACCCCCCUGGACACCCUUACGCGUACGGCGCAGGCGUAGGCUAUCAUCCCUACUUGCCACACCAAGCCAUGUACCCUUCAUUCUCAUAUGAUCCCUCGAUGUCGCCUGUCAACGCACCUCCCCAAUCUCAACCUUCCCAUCGUCAAUCAAACGGUCCGCCAAGCAAGUCACUCAAUCCCGCAGCUGCAGGCUUCACCUUUGCACCUUCGCAAGCUAGAUCACACGACAAUGUCCAGAUACACUCUGACCAGAUGUCACUCCCUUCAUCAGAUCGAUCAGACGUCAAUCCUGUGUACCCUACCCUAUCUCACUCCUCGCAGACUACAUUGAAGCCCGACAUGCCAAAUGGUCAUGCCGAUACAAAGUCUUUGAGCAUCGGCGCGAUCGUCAACGGAGAAGACAUGAAGGGCAUCAACGCUGCUUCGGCACCGAAUGACGACAGCAAUGACGAGGCAAGCGGAGGUUUGGGACUCGAGCACAUGGAGAUGCCACAAGAAAAUGCCUCCACGCAGGAAUCUUCCCUUGCAGCCUCCGUCACUCUGUCUCAGUCCGAAUCCACCCCGGCCAUGUCCCUGUCCACAACGACGCCCACCACCCCCAUUUCCGUUCAGACCCCAAAAGCACCAUCUGACCCUCUCUCGCCAUCUGUGACGACGCCGGAUCCUGCUGCGCCUACGUCAAAUUCCGCUGCACCACCACCUUCAAAGCUCAACUUUGUCGGGCCUACCAUGUCAGGAUACACUUCACCAAAUGCCACUGCGCCUACUACUCCCUCGAUCGCACAGACCAUGUCGGAGAUUCUCUUGCCUCCGUCAGCGGCUCGACAGGUGCCAGCGAAAUCCGUCUCCAAGAGUCAGCCGGCAGUGGAGACUCUGAAGUUGUUUGCUCAACGUCCGAAGUCUCGACAGCUAUCUGGUAAUGGCUACGCAUUGAGUUCACAGAAUAGCAUACCGAAGAAUGUCAAGACAGAGGUGGUCAACGACAUGGCCGCAUCCUCCCGAUCAAGCACGCGUAGACGACCCCUUGGAUUGCCCAUCUUUGUCAGUGCUGGAUCUCGCACGAGGAAAUCACAGCCGCUGCCCGCAUCUGCAUCCCGCAUAACCUUGUCAUUUGGUGAAAUCGGGCCCUCGACAGCUCCAGUGCCUGCUGCGAAAGCACUUGAGCCCUCUCGUCCCAAGACCCCCACGCCACCUGCUCCAAAAUCGAAGCCCUCUUCCUGGGCAGCUUUGUUGAAACCCGAAGGUGCGACCUCUUCCACGACAGCAUCUACUCGGAAUGUCUCGCCCAUAGCCACGUCGACCCCGCUCUCCCCCAUCUCCGACGCAGGACAUCUUGCCAACCCUCCCUCUACGCCUCCAUCACAAUCUCGAGCCGUGUCUUCAGGCACACCCGGCCAAACCAGGAGCGUCCCGCCUACUCCCGCCAGCGUCGCAUCUGGGUCCAAAGUACCGAGAGCGGUGUUCAGCUACGCUGGGGCAGCCGCAGCAGCGGCUACGAUAACACCUCAGCAGGAGCUCGUGAAGUUGUUGAGUGAGGGCAUCAAAGGGAAAGGCAAAGAUGUCAGGGGAACAUUGCCACGAGGUUUGAUCAAUACCGGCAACAUGUGCUUUGCCAACACCAUCCUCCAAGUACUGGUAUACUGCCCGCCGUUUGCCGAAUUACUCGAAGAACUCGGCAAGAGGCUCAAGGCUGACCUUGCACGACGCACGCCUCUGCUCGAAGCAAUGAUCAUCUUUCUUCGUGAAUUUGCCAGUAUGCCUGGCCAAGUCAUCCAUCCACCGCCUUCAGGUACUUCUACACCCAGAUCUGAAGGUCGAGCCAAGGAGCGGGAUGCGAGAAAUGAUGCUUUCAUCCCUGAGAAUGUGUAUGAUGCUAUGAAGGAGAACAAGCGCUUUGACUCGAUGAGGCGCGGCUUUCAAGAAGAUGCCGAAGAGUAUCUUGGAUUCUUCUUGAAUACCCUACACGAGGAGUUACUGUGGCUCCUGUCACAGAGUCAAGGCUCAUCGCGAUCAUCGUCGACCGUUCGACUAAAUGCUGAUGGCGAUGCCGACACCGAGCGGUCCAUUCAACGACCUGUCAGCCCGAAUCACGAGACCACAGACGACGAGCCGUGGCUUGAAGUCGGCAAGAAGCAAAAGACAAACGUGGUGCGCAAUACGGAGAGUAGAGAAACGGCGGUCUCUCGGUUGUUCGGCGGCACUCUUCGAUCUGUACUUCAUAUCCCUGGGUCCAAAGACAGCGUCACUCUGGAGCCAUACCAACCACUCCAGCUGGAUGUCGACUCGCCUGGUGUUUCCUCGAUCACGGACGCCCUUCGCCAAUUGUCAGUGGCUGAAGUCGUCCCCGGUGUCUGGUCACCCAGCCGAGGAAGCAACGUCGAUGCCACAAAGCAAGUGUACAUUGAGACGUUCCCUCCUGCUUUGAUCCUACACCUCAAACGAUUCGUUUUCGAUCCCCGAGAGAUGACAGUGGUUAAAAAGUUCAAGCCCGUGGCUUACGGCACUGAGCUUGUCGUUCCGCCUGAGAUCAUCUCGCCUGGGAGACGCGGCGCCUCGGCAAUCAAGUACCGACUGUUUGGAGUGGUUUAUCAUCAUGGCAAUUCUGCAUCUGGCGGACAUUACACAGUCUCUGUAUCUCGACAAGACGCCGGCGGAUGGAUUCAUUUCGACGACGAAAGUGUAUCAACAGUGCCUGUGGAGCAAGUCAUUGUAUCACCUGAAGAGGCCAAAGAGGGUCGAAGUGGAUAUGUUGGAGUUGGGCAGAGGGAGAAGUGUGCUUAUCUGUUAUUCUAUCUGAGGGUGAGGGCGUAG